GUGUGUAUGUGUGGAACUUCUGCGCACCCCAUGGACCACCUAUGGAUGUGCCUGCUGAUUCUGGCGACCCACCCCGGAAUCACCCAGUCCCAGGUUGGCCCACCGACGGCCACAGCCUCGCCCUUUGUGAUCCUGCCGAAGAUCGUGGGCGGCUACACGGUGACCAUUGACCAGGUGCCCUUCCAGGUGUCCGUGCGCCGGCGAUCGAUCCACGAGCGGCACUACGGCAUGGGUCACGUCUGCGGCGGAGCGGUCAUCUCUCAGCGGGUCGUCUGUUCGGCGGCACAUUGCUACGCCAUAAAUACCUCAGUGCCACUGGCCUAUCGUGAUCCCGAGCUGUAUGUGGUGGUGGCUGGCAGCAGCGCCAUCGAUCGGACGGACCGCUUCACCCAGGAGUACCUGGUGCAGCGCAUCAUUGGCCACAAGGGCUACAAUGGCAGCACGCUGGAGAACGAUAUCGCCCUGCUCUUUCUCAACGGAUUCAUACCUUGGGAAUCGCAGGGGGUGCGGGCCAUACCGCUGGCCAUAAAAGCACCCGAAGAGGGCACCACCUGCCUUAUCCACGGGUGGGGCAAGGUCACCAUGAAGGACAAGUCGGCAUCGCUGCAGCAGGCGCCUGUACCGAUCCUCAACAAGGAGCUCUGCCAGGUGAUCUACAAGCUGCCCGCCUCCCAGAUGUGCGCCGGAUUCCUGCAGGGCGGCAUCGAUGCCUGCCAGGGCGACUCCGGCGGACCGCUGAUCUGCGACGGCCAUCUGGCCGGGAUUAUAUCAUGGGGCGUCGGCUGUGCGGAUCCCGGCUAUCCGGGUGUCUAUACCAACGUGUCGCACUUUCUGAAAUGGAUCCACAGGACCAACGCUUCGCUGGACUACUCCGAGUACAAGCAAAUGCCCCCGCUGAAUCUGGCCAGCCGUAGAUCUGUAUCUUCCGGUUUCUUUUGGGCAUUGGUGUUCUGGCGCUUAUCGUGA